GCCUUCAGGCAUCGUGCUGGAAAGACACGCGACGAUCUCUCACGGUGACAAAGUUUUAAAGCAAACUGAAAUUGCAGAGUGUGUUUUUGUUUUCAUUUUGGCGCCGCCGGUUCGGUUCGGUUCUGCAAAUCGAGGUCACGUUCCUUCCAAGACGUGAUAACAAGCUUGUAUAUAUUUAUUCGGCGGCCUUUAAAGGUCUUUCGGCGAGGAAUAUCUUCCGAUUAUCGAUAUAUAUGUAUAUUUUUUUUUUUGCGCCAGCAGUGUUUGUGUGCAGGUUUAUCUGCUCACAUGUGACAAACGAGAGUAAUCAAUGUAAUUGGGAGAGUGACCCACGUGAGCUCCGAAAUCGCUGCCUAAUGAUGAUGAAGUCACAAAACGCCGUCAAUAAGUGACGGGGGGGUCAACGAGUCACACUGAAUGCGUGAACUUGCGUGGUUGAAUUGGAAUAAAUGAAUGAGUGACUAAACAUUCCUGCCAUCCGACGACGUAAAUUUGCAUGACGAAAUGGACCUUAGUUGAUGUGUCCUGUCUUCUUCCAUUCCUGUUGACUGUUUGUGAGCACACCGUCGUUGUCGAAAUCUAAGUUUCUCAACAGAUAACAAGCCGAUUUUUUUUCAUGGCUUCAUUAGAAGUGACCUUUUGCAUUUAGAAGAAUGCAUCAAGAAGAACCUAAUUUGCUUGAAAAUUGAACAUUUUUUUUAAGGGUUGUUGCUGAAGCGGAGAACAAUGAAAGUUCAACUUUAAAUUGGCAAAUAUAUCAUACCAUGUUGAUUUGAUUGCUUUUCUACUGACGACGUCAAUCUUUUCUCUUAUCAGAGACAGUGAGAGUGCAGGUUAUACAGUGAUAAAAACGGCCUGUAGAAUUGUGAUCAUUUGGAUUUGGUUGUGUUUUGUUUUGUGAAAGAUGAAAAGAUAGUGUUAAUUGGAGCAACUUGAAUAAGACAGUUGCAUUAUAUUGCAAUAUUGUUGGUGUGUAAGGCACAAGAAAAGGCGAUCGCUACAUUUUGAUCAAUCGCAUAAGCACUUUCGGAAACAAUGAACUAUGCAACGCCCAGUGAUAGCAAAAAGUGAACUCUGCUGAAAGGACACCUCAAACAAUGGAAUGGUCCUGGCUGAAAGAUUGGUGGCGGUUGAAAAAGCCACGUCGAACUCACCGUCGAAGCAGAACUGCCGAUUCCGGUACAUCCGGGGGUGUUGAAGCCGAUGGUCCGGCGCACGAUGGUGAUAUGGAAUUUUCCGACGCCCACGGCUACGAUCAGGGCGGUUAUCAGGAUGAAACCUUGUACAGUUACGACGAUGAUGACGAUUACAUCUGUUACUGUGAUGAAUGUAUGAAUGGAGAUUUGGACUCCAACGAUGGCCUGGAUUCGGACGAUUCGUCCACAUCCGGCAAGCAGGUUGUGGUGGCAGUUUGCGCGAUGGCCAAAAAGUCCCAGUCGAAGCCGAUGAAAGAAAUCCUGACGCGGCUGCAAGAAUUUGAGUUCAUCAAGAUGGUUGUGUUCAGCGAGGAAGUGAUUCUUAAGGAACCUGUGGAGAAGUGGCCACUCUGCGAUUGUUUAAUUUCCUUUCACUCCAAGGGAUUCCCGCUGGAGAAGGCAAUCCAGUAUGCGCAAUUGAGACAACCGUACGUGAUAAACAAUUUGCACAUGCAGUUUGAUAUACAGGUAGAUCGAAGACGAGUGUACGCAAUCUUGGAAAAGGAAGGGAUCGAAAUUCCGCGGUAUGCCGUGCUCGACAGAGACUCGCCGGAUCCAAAGCAACAUGAGCUUGUCGAGUCCGAGGAUCACGUGGAAGUGAAUGGAAUCAUCUUCAAUAAACCAUUUGUUGAAAAGCCAGUUUCGGCGGAAGAUCACAACAUCUACAUUUACUACCCGACGUCUGCCGGAGGUGGGAGUCAACGGUUGUUCCGUAAGAUUGGCAGCCGCAGUAGCGUGUAUUCGCCGGAGUCGCGUGUCCGGAAGACGGGUUCUUUUAUCUACGAAGACUUUAUGCCGACCGAUGGGACAGACGUAAAGGUGUACACCGUCGGGCCGGAUUAUGCUCACGCCGAGGCUAGAAAGAGCCCCGCUCUUGAUGGCAAGGUGGAAAGAGAUAGCGACGGAAAAGAGAUCCGCUAUCCCGUUAUUUUGAGCAACGCAGAAAAGUUGAUUUCGCGCAAGGUUUGCCUGGCCUUCAAACAAACCGUGUGCGGAUUCGAUCUGCUGCGUGCAAACGGAAAGUCCUUCGUCUGUGAUGUGAACGGGUUCAGUUUCGUGAAGAAUUCAAACAAGUAUUACGACGACUCGGCCAAAAUCCUGGGUAAUAUGAUUCUGCGCGAGUUGGCGCCGACGCUGCACAUCCCAUGGUCGGUGCCCUUUCAGCUGGACGACCCCCCUAUCGUUCCCACCACAUUCGGAAAAAUGAUGGAACUCCGGUGCGUCACCGCAAUCAUCCGGCAUGGAGACCGUACUCCGAAGCAGAAAAUGAAGGUCGAAGUGCGGCAUCCCAAGUUUUUCGAGAUAUUCGAAAAGUACGACGGCUACAAGUACGGCCACAUAAAACUCAAGCGGCCCAAGCAGCUGCAGGAGAUUCUGGACAUUGCGCGCUCGCUGCUGGCGGAAAUACAAACCAAAGCGGCCGACUCGGAGAUUGAGGAGAAGCAAAGCAAGCUGGAGCAACUGAAGAGUGUGCUGGAAAUGUACGGCCACUUUUCCGGCAUCAACCGUAAGGUCCAGAUGAAGUAUCAACCGAAAGGCAGGCCACGUGGAUCUAGCUCUGACGAUGGUAAACACCGUUCUAUAGAUGCACCAAAGGAACCUUCGCUGGUGCUGAUAUUAAAGUGGGGUGGCGAACUCACGCCGGCGGGUCGCAUUCAAGCUGAGGAGCUGGGUCGAAUCUUCCGCUGCAUGUACCCCGGUGGACAGAGCCGUGGAGACGGGAAGGAAGGCCUCGGUGCCCAAGGAUUGGGCCUGCUCCGGUUGCACUCGACAUUUCGGCACGAUCUGAAGAUCUACGCGUCGGACGAAGGUCGGGUACAGAUGACGGCUGCGGCAUUUGCAAAGGGGUUACUGGCUUUGGAAGGCGAACUGACGCCGAUUUUGGUGCAAAUGGUUAAGAGUGCAAACACGAAUGGGUUGCUGGACAAUGACUGUGAUUCGAGUAAAUAUCAGAACAUGGCCAAAUCUCGGCUACACGAGCUGAUGCAAAUUGAUCGAGAUUUUACGGUCGAAGAUCGGGCUGCAAUUAAUCCUGGAAAUGCGAUUAGUAUAAAUUUGGCGAUGGAUUUUGUUAAGAAUCCUGUGAAAUGCUGUGCACACGUGCAUUCGUUGAUACAAUCACUGUUGACGGUUGUGGGGGUUAAACGAGAUGAUCCCAAGACCAGGGAUGCUGUCCUGUAUCAUGGGGAAACAUGGGAACUUAUGGGUCGCCGGUGGGGAAAAAUAGAGAAGGAUUUCUGCACAAAGAACAAAAAUUUUGACAUUUCAAAGAUUCCGGACAUUUACGAUUGUAUAAAGUACGACUUACAACACAAUCAACACACGCUGCAGUUUGAUCUAGCGGAAGAGCUUUACAUCUACGCCAAAUACUUGGCUGACGUUGUGAUUCCACAGGAAUAUGGACUGACGGUGCACGAGAAAUUGACAAUCGGACAGGGAAUUUGCACGCCACUGUUGAAGAAAAUCCGAGCCGACCUGCAGCGCAACAUUGAAGAACUCGGUGACGAAAGCGUCAACCGGUUAAACCCUCGCUACAGCCACGGUGUUUCGAGUCCUGGGAGACACGUCCGAACUCGACUCUAUUUCACCAGCGAAAGCCACGUACAUUCGCUGUUGACGGUGCUACGAUAUGGAGGACUUCUGAAUGUCCUGACUGACGAACAAUGGCGACGCGCCAUGGAAUAUGUUUCGAUGGUGUCCGAGUUGAACUACAUGUCCCAAAUAGUGAUAAUGCUGUACGAGGACCCAACGAAGGAUCCCUUUUCUGAGGAACGAUUCCACGUAGAACUUCACUUUUCUCCGGGGGUAAAUUGUUGUGUUCAAAAGAACCUUCCGCCCGGCCCCGGAUUUAGGCCCCACAGCCGGAACGAUUCCGUUACAUCGAAAAAUGCGAGCGGCGAUGAGGAGAGUACGUCCCGUAUUGACGAAGAAAACGACACAGAAGACGAAAACUCACACGGAUCCGGACAAACUCUUCCCAGAGAUUCUUUUUCAGACACAAUAAAAAAUAAAGAUCGCAAAAUGCGCAAGAUCAAAUCCUCCGAACCGAUCCCGAUUGGCUCGUGUCACACGGUGUCCGGCCACGAGGCAAUGGAUCUCGCAAAACGACUCAGUGAAGAGCUGGCCGCCCAGCAGCAGACCCAGCGGCCUCUCAGCCCGGAUGAACCGAGGGCGGCACGGUCUUUCGAGCACGGUGGAAAGCAUGGCGGCGGAGCCCGCAUGAAAGGCGAAACGCCAUCUGCCAAGAAGCAACCUUCAACCAUCGGUUACGAAUCGGCUACCAACGAGCUACCACUGAGUUCUCUGGAUCUUUCUCAGAUUCCGAAAACGCCGGAUGAUAAGCAAUACGACGAAUCGGUACUGUACACGGGUGGCUUUGGCACAUACCGUGGAGGCAAUCGUGACCGAGUUCAGUUGUCGACAGUGGCCACCAAUGAGCGACCGAUGUCCAGCCAAUGCCUUUUCAUUAGGGAUUCGUACUCUUGCGAUUCCAUCAGCGAGUUCACUCCCGAUUUAGAGGGACAAGAGCUAUACGUUUCUUCCUUUUCGGACACUGAUUCGGAAACUUCGCGGUACUAUAGUGCCUGCCAUGAUCUGGAUCCUUUCCAUUACAAGUAUCCGCUGAGUAGCCGAGCUAUGUCUUACACGUUUUCCAACGACCCUGAGCGAGACAACCUUACAAUCUUGUUCAAUGGCUAUUCUUACAAGUCGAUGCUGUAUUCCUCGCUACCACUUGUUAGCAAAAGUUUCGAUGAUUUGGACUUCUUGGCAGAUCCCGAUACGCCCCGUAUCCUUCUGAAUGAAUCUACCACUACCCUGCUUUUUCAUGUGAAGCACCUGAAUCAUAGUCCCAGCCCUCGUUCUCAGUCUCAGACCAUCAUCGAUGGUGACGGUUCUGGGAACCUGUUUUGCGCCGGUCCCACGGAACUGUUGCGCGUUGCAAGUGAUCCGGUGCUGCGACUUGAUAGGUCAAUUACUCCCCCUGAGCCACGUUUUAAGGUGCGAACGACGGAACAGACAGACAACCAAUCCGAAUCUUGGACGGGCACUCCCGCGUUCAUCUCGGUGACCACACCUCCUCCUCCGGAGGAGAGAGAUCCUACGGACGUCGUGACCUUAGACCAAGACUUUCAAGCUAUGCUAGACCAAAUCUUCCCCAGCAAGAGUGUUGCCGUUGCCGCUAGUUGUAGUGAGAGUGACCCUAUUGUCCCAUUGACUAACCCCACCCACCUACCGCAACCUAACCUCAAACCUCAUUGUUCGAAAUUCGUCAAAUCGCACACCACAGACAACAGUUCAAACGGCACGUCCGGCAGCGGUGGCAGUGUUGCCAACAGUCACUGUGGCCCGGGUGGUUCGUCUUCAACGACACAAAGACGUCAACGACACAGCAUUGCCGGCCAGAUGAGUUACUUUAAAAUGCUAGGUGGAUUCGGCAAAAAAAUGGCCACUAGCACAAACAGCUUGUUCAGUACGGCGGUCAUCAGCGGAAGCUCGUCGGCGCCGAACUUGCGGGAUAUGAUACCGAGUACGGCCUCACCAUCAGCAAUUGAAGGAUUUGGUGGCGUGCCUCCGAUACGCCCACUGGAGACGUUGCACAAUGCGUUGUCCCUGCGCCAGCUGGACCACUUUCUGGAGAAGAUGACCACCGGACCGCUGUUCAAGACGCCAGCCUCGUCGCCGCCCAAAACGCCGUUGCCCACUCCGACUCCCAGCCCGGCGGCGGCACUCGAUCGGACCGUUGUGGGAGCGUUUGUCCAGGCCAGUUGGAGCGGCCACUCGAGCAUGGCGAGCAGCAUCAGUGCAAUGUCCAGCGGGGGUCCUUCGUCACCCAACUACAGCGACAUUUUUUCCCGCGGAUGUCCGAGCAGUGAAAUGUCUGCCAGUAUCACCAGCACCGAUGGGAGCAUUGCACUGGCAGUUGGCGGAGGAAAUCGGGACGAUCUGCCGCAAAUUUUCCCGAUGAUUGACAACGACCUGAACGUGCUGGGAUCACACUUUAAUUACGAUCAGUUGGCGGCCAGUAUCAACGCGGAGAGUCCGGCACGGAUUCCACCGAUUAGCAAGGACGCUACACUGGACAUAAGCGGAGAUUUGACGCCGUGCUCAGACUGGGAGUUUAACACCAACGACGCCACGAAAGGUUCCACCAAUACCGCAAAUGACUUGACAACCGAGGAAGACGACGAAGAUGCCACAAUUUCGACGGAUACAUGCUUAAGUACAGGAGACUUGGCCGGUGCCAGUAUUGGAGAGGAAACUGCCUCUUCAUCAAAUUUGAAUCUAGCACUUGAAGCGUGCUCGAGUGGUAAACACAUCCAAAAGGAGUUCCUUUUUGACAUGAAAAAUGUUCGGCUUGACGUUAGCAGCCUGAGAGGUGAUCUUCCUCCUCCUCCGGCAUCUGCUCCACCUAUUGGUCCCGGCUCUAGCAGUGGCGCUACGCCAAAGGUGGAGAACCGUUUUCGAGGUAAUCGCAUCCAGAAGCAAAUAAGUUUAUACGAAAAGGAUUCCCGCACAGAGUCGAAAAAUCUAUCACAUGGAACGGACAAAUUUGAUCGUCCGGGGCCAUUUUUCAAGCGUGAUCAGCAACCGUCCCGUUUGCACAUGUCCUUUGAUGAGCUGCAAAAGUUUAUACCGAACGUAGACAAGAAUUUGGCUUCCAAGUUGGAGCUGGAACCGGAAAAGUGCUCAAAAACCAACAAAGCCAUGUCCGCUCGGUUGAACAACAGUCCAACUCCGGGAACCUUCCUUAUCCGAGAGGGGUUUAUCGAACCUCCGCGAAUAACCCGUGUUACGAAAAGUUUCCACGGAAAAACUGACUACCAUCAGGUUCAGGUGAAUGACAUUGCACGACGAGCAAGCGAUAUUGUGCGGCCAUCUACUUCAAUUCCGGCCCUAGACCCAACCACGGCAACUGGACUAUUCGUCGGCGCUACCAGGGACAAAUACAACAAAAAUCAAAUAAGACAAAACAUCAACACAAACUCUAUGGGUGCUAGCGGUAGAAGUGGGUCACAAAGUGGAGAUUCGGCGCUAGGAAUGGGUCGGUUCACCACAUCAAUAGUGCAAGAAGCUUCCGGCUCCGGUUCUCGAGAGACCACCAGCGCACAUCAUGUUGAAAUUGGUACUUUGCCGAUGGGCCCAAGUCAAUUGUUUGAAUCGGCCGGUACAUCAACCAGUUCUGGCGGUUCUGGUAACUGUGACGACACAAUGGAAAGUAUACCAAAAAAAGUAGAAUAAAUUAGUGUUUAAAUGGAAUGAGCUCAAAACGUGAUUUAAGGAAAUGUUAUGAAGGUAUAAAGACAGUAAAGAGAUGCUAUUUAUUCUGUUCUAUCGCUUCAAACAUGGCAGCGUUUUGUCGAUUG